ACACUUUUCACACAGAAGAUGAUAGGUGCUGUCCAAAUGCAGUUUUGCAUACAGAUUUGGAUGCAUACUUUUGAUGAAUUGGUUUGAUUGAGGUGUUUCACACGUGUUAAUUCGGCAGUAUGACGGUAACUUACUCUUCUAGGGUGGCUUCCGUCAGCAACGUCGCUUCAUUCUUCAAGUUGCUCAUUAGGUGGAAAGGUAGUGUCAUCAAGUUGGUAUUGGUGGACCUAAUUAUCUUCUUAGUGCUGUAUUUUAUUUUUAACUUCACAUACAGAUUUGGACUCAAUCCAGCACAGAAACGAACUUUUGAGUCCAUCGCCAGUUACUGCAACCAAAAUACUGGCCGUAUCCCAGUUGCAUUUAUCCUUGGUUUCUAUGUGGUCCUGGUAAUCCAAAGGUGGCUGCAAGUUUUACGCACCCUACCAUGGCCAAAUCGCAUGUCUUUUUUUACCACAACCUUAGUCCACGGAGAUGAUGAGAUGGGUCGACUCAUGAGACGCACCAUCCAGAGAUAUCUUACUCUGUCCACUGUGUUGUUAACUAGAGAUACGUGUCCUCCAGUCAGGAAACGCUUCCCUACCUUACAGCAUGUAGUAGAUGCAGGCCUGAUGACAGAUAAUGAGAUGCAUGUGUAUGAGAACAUCCCGGCCCCUCAGGCCAAGUACUGGGUGCCACUGGUAUGGUCAACAGCACUGGUGACACGAGCCAGGAAAGAGGGAAGGAUUAAGGAUGACAUAUCUGCACAGACAAUGAUUGUUGAGAUUGAUAAAUACAGGGGCUACCUUAUGGCUCUCUUCAACUAUGACUGGAUCCCUAUUCCCUUGAUUUAUACUCAGGUGACCACUUUAUCUGUGUAUACAUAUUUUCUGGCUUGUUUGAUGGGGGCACAGUUCCUGGAUGUGGAAACUCCCCAAAACUGGAUUGACAUGAAAGUCCCCAUCUUCACAGUAAUGCAGUUUGUCUUCUAUGUGGGGUGGCUAAAGGUGGCAGAAUGUAUGCUGAACCCACUUGGAGAGGAUGAUGAUGACUUUGAAAUAAACUACAUAAUUGACUGUGGAUUUGAAUUAUCCAUGUUGGCUGUGGAGCUCCAUGGUACACUGCCUGAGAUGGACAAAGAUGUCUACUGGGAGAAGGUGGAGUUUGACUUGCCAUACACAGCAGCUGCUGAGAAGUUUAAAGUGGAGCCACACUUGGGAUCUGCAAUUGACUUGGUUGUGUCCCCCAAAGUCUCAGAGUUUCUGCAAGAUGGUUCCUGUAGCAGCAUACCAGAUGAAGAGGCCUCCCCCAGUAUCAUAAGACGGCGUCACCCUAGUAAAAUGCAGCGUAUCUUCUCUAACCGAUCGAGGCACAUGCGUCCCAGACGCCAGCUCUCCAGGACAACAUCUAGCAACUCUCAGACCUCAGGACAAAGUAAUGUGCAUGAUAGACCACUUGAACCCCAGAGCUUGAAGCAAGAGGACUCCCAGAACCAGCAUCGGUUCCCUAAACAUUCUACAGUGCUUCACAUUGGUGAGGAUGAUCCCUCCAACCAGAGAGACCCUUACAGUCAUAGGCUUGACAGCAUGAUCUCCCACAUUAGUGAUGUCUCAGGAAGAUCAGCUGACCAAGACUUCACUCAUACUGUCCUGGAAGCUGUCAUCGAAGAAAGUAAUGAAAUGGAGAAACAAUCUGACCCUAGAUGUGGAUCUGGGGAAGUGGGGCUGACUAACAUGGAGAGAGGCAUGCCUAAAGAGGAAUCGGAAAAUUUAAGAGAAAAACAUGAGGAUCAAUCAGCAGAAGAGUUAUCGAUUAGAACCGAACACACUGAUUUAGAUCCAUCUAUCCAAAAGGAUAUCACACCAGGAGCACCCAGUGUUGAGAAUGAAGAAAAGAUGGCACUGCUUACAGGACGAGAUGAGGCAGAAGAUUCAGCAACUUCAGCAAACAUGCCACCUGCUUCACAGUCUGAAAAUGAUGAAACAGACCCCAAUGAAACAACUAGCCUUCUUAAAUGACAAAGCAGUAAUCAUAUUACAAAUGAGGUGAAAUUCUGAAUCUUGAUAUCUUCUCGGCAGCAUUAGUAUGUAAUACUGUAUGAUUUUCAAAAAUGUUAAGUCACUUUUCUUUUACACGGCACCCCACUGUGUCUCAGUGUGGUUUACAGUAGGUGAAUGUGUACUUGGUAUAUCUUAUUUAGAGCCAUAUGUGUUCUACAGAUUUUUCGGGAGAUUGCAAUGCAUGUUUUCGAAAAGAAAAAAAAAUAGAAAUGAUUUUAAUUACACAUUGUGAACCCAGUCAGUGUUUUUAUUAUUACAAUAUUUUACAGCUGUUUUCCCAUUGUCUGUUUCAAAAGUGUAUGUUUACAGUGUAUGUUGUACACAUAUUUCCAAGCAUUUGUACCACCCCAAAAUAUUUUUUACUCUGGUAUAAUAAUGUAAAAGUUGUAUUUCUGUUAUCAUUUCUUAACGAUAUAGCUACUACUGUAUAUAGCUAUCCCAUCUUUUGUUAUAAAGAAAUAAAUUAAGACGCUUUAAAUGUGGUAAUAUCUGUUUCAGAAUUCACGUGUCAUACAGAUUCUUAGUAUGGAGUUAACUGGUUAUAAGUUGUUUUAAACACCUUUACAUUAUAUAAUUUGUUAGGUUUUGUGUAGUUUUGUACUGGUCUGUUUGUAUGCACAGUCAGCAAUUAUAUGUAUACGUAUUUACUCAGAAAUGCUGAUAAUGACUAAUCUGAGAUUUGAUCGUUUUAUUGUUUGGUCUGAGCUUGGAGACAAUUCAUCGAAAGUUAGUCGUAGGCUUUGGAGCUGAAAAAGGGGGUUAUGCUAGUGCUGAACACGGAUAUACCUGUAAACUAUUGGUGCUUGUCAAUAAUCGGAGACACAACUAAGGUAUUCGAAAGGGGUCCUUUCGUCUUUUAUUAGUUAACUUUGUACCAUCAUAGGUACUUAAUUUUGCCAGUAGCAGUGCAUACGUAAUAUUUAUUCAUGUAUGAUUCGAUAUGCAUUUAUGUCCUUAACAGCCCUUUUCUGCUAAUAUUAGAAUUAAAGCAAAUUUUAAGAAUGUUGAAGAAGUUCCACAUCUUUACUUGCUAGGGGAUUUUUCGUAAGGAUAGACUCGAAAGUUGCGACCUGAAUGAAAGUUUACGGGGGUUUGUACGCGCUCGUUUCAAAUAAAAAAUAAU